AUGCUUGGACCAAAUGUUCGCAUGGCACGCGAUCGAGAAUUUCCUUUUAUCGUAGCUCUAAAACACAUUAAUUUAGAAAAUCCUAUACCUAAUCGCGAUCACAUCUGUACUGCAGCGUUAAUAUCAAGAAUUCAUGUUCUAACUGCAGCGCAAUGUCUUAACAAUAGAGAAGCGAAUGAAACUCUUGUCCUUUACGGAACGAACAUUUUAAUCUAUGGCGUGACAUAUUCUAUUCAAUGGUGGAUAACUUAUAACAACUGGGCCCUUCGUGGAAAUAGAAAUAUUAUUAAUCUAGACAAUGAUGUAGCUGUUAUAAAGCUAACUCAAGAAAUAGAAGGAGAUUUUGAACCAGCAACAUUAAUAUCAGCAACGAAUGCAGAAAUGAUGGGACAACUCGUUCAGUUGGCAGGAUGGGGUACAAGUGACCGUAGAGUAUUAUCUCUAAAUCUACUAACAGACGUUGCGGUCGUUGUAUCAAAUGCUCAAUGUGAAGCUCAUAUCAGCCAAGGUGAUUAUGGUGGGCCCGUUUUGUAUAUGAAUAAAAUUAUAGGGAUUAACAAGAAAAUACUUCCAGUUGCGAGGAGAGAAUAUAACCAUUUGAAAAUUAAUGUUCAUACAAGUAUACAAUGUAACUUUCCGACGGUUAAUGCAUUGAUUGGUGUGGAAGUUCGCAGUGCACAUGUAAGAGAGUUCCCUUUUCUUGUAGCAUUUAAACAUAUUAAUGUGAUAAAUCCCCAUGCCACACGUGAUCACAUCUGUACCGGAUCCCUAAUUUCAAGAUCACAUGUUCUUAGUGCAGAACAGUGCAUUCGAAAUAGAAACAAAAAUGAAACUGCUAUUCUCCAUGGAACAAAUUCAUUAUCCUCGUGUGUACAAUACAGUAUAGAAUGGUGGAUAACAUUUGGCGAGUGGAGCAAUUAUAGAAAUAGACAAGUUGAAUAUGAUAACAAUGAUAUUAGUAUUACAAAGCUAACCCAUGACGUGCAAGGAAUAUUGCAAACAGCCAUUUUAUCAACAGUGCCGUUCGUUAAUUUAGUUGAUAAAUCCGUUAGGUUUGCAGCAUGGGGUGUAAACAAUCGACGUAUGAUGUCAAGAACAAUACUAACAGCCACUGCGAGAACUAUAACUAAUUCGGCGUGUGAACAUAAAAUUUCGCAACUAACUGGACUGAGACAUGAAAUAACUAAUAAUUACUUCUGUACUCAUAAUUCACCUUUUACAUUACUUAAGCGUGGAGAUUUUGGUGGGCCAGUAUUAUACUUCAAUAAUAUUAUUGGAAUCAAUAAAGAAAUACUUCCACAAAUAGCAAAUGAGUAUAACCAUCACAAAGUCAAUGUACAUACAAGUAUUAACUACUAUAGAGAAUUUAUUGCAGACGUCACAGCUAUAUUCUUCGAGUGGUUCUGA